GGCUUAUACAAAUAAAUUUAUUAUUGCAGAGCGAGUCCCCUAAACAACUUGUAUCAGUUUAUCAAUCUUAAAAUCUCAACAAUUUACAUAAAGUUUGCGAAUGCAGCUUGAUGAACUGUAAAGAAUUUGAAAGUUUCGACCUUUGGUUUUGUUUUUUUGAGCAUUUGGUUUCUCCAGAAUCUCCCGGGAGUAUCGGCUCAUCAGACCUACAGCCGUAAAGAAUGAAAGUCUGAUUUAACCAACAGGGGGCGUCUCCUCUCGCGUUCCGGCGCGAUGGGAGGAGGAGGUAUUGGGGAUCUCCUCCUAGACAACAAACCCACAUUGAAAGCGGGGCGCAGGGAUUACCUCACGCUGCGUGCGGAGGAUAAAACGGAGGCGGCGGCUUCGCUUCGGUGCUUUUCUGCAGCGGACGCCAGCGGAGCAUCAUGCCGAGCCGCGACGCGCGGAGCGCAGGAACUCAGCUGAUCGAUCAAAUCCGCUCCCACUGAUGUUUUCCUGCUCACAGGGAGUUUCAUGAUGGAAAAGUGAUUUUUGAGGGAUUCUGGACACGCAGUUUUGGAGACCGCCGGCGCGUAAAGUUGCCUCCUCUCCGCUCCGUGUGCGCGCUGAUCCCGCGGCUCGCCAUGGAUCAGCCUCAGCAGUGCGCUGCCGUGUGUCUGCUGAUGCUGUCUCUUGGACUCCUGAUGGACAGAGCGAUCUGUCAGCACUUUUUCCUUCUCCGCCCGAUCCCCAGUGACAGUCUGCCGGUGGUGGAUUUAAAGGAGGACCCAGAUCCGGCCUUUGACCCCAAGGAGCGGGACCUUAACGAGACCGAGCUCCGGAGCAUCCUGGGAGACUUUGACGGCCGCCUGCUGUCCGUGUCGCUCCCCGUGGAGGACAAACACUCCGGCUCCGACGAGUCGGAUCACUUCGACAUCCUAAAGGCGGGCGGAGUUCUGCCGAAGGAGAUCCGGGCGGUGGACUUCGACGUGCAGAUCGGCAAGAAACACAAGCCGAGCAAGAAGCUGAAGCGGCGGCUGCAGCAGUGGCUGUGGGCCUACACCUUCUGCCCGGUGGUCCACACCUGGACCGACCUCGGCUGCAGGUUCUGGCCUCGGUACGUCCGGGUCGGCGGCUGCGUCAGCAAAAGGUCGUGUUCCGUUCCGGAGGGGAUGGUCUGCAGACCCGCCAACUCGACCCACCUGACGGUGCUGCGGUGGCGCUGCGUGCAGCGGAAGGGCGGGCUGAAAUGCGCCUGGAUCCCGGUGCAGUACCCGGUCAUCACGGACUGCAAGUGUUCCUGCUCCAGCUAGGACUGCUGGGAACUCUAACUUAUAAGCUCGGUCAUUUUAUCCUCUUUCUCCCCCCACCUGCACUACAGAGUGUAAGAAUGUAUUUCUGUACAUGCGUGGCCAACUUCCUGUACAAAGUCAGUAUUAUUUGUAACCAGAGUCUACUUUAUUUGUGCAGAAUAUUGCUUUUAUAUAUUUUGUAUUUAUGGAGAAGUGGCGCACAGAGGCACGCACGGACUUUGUGUUGGACGAAGCGGAUCAACCUCAGAGUUGAACUAUUGAUUAUUGAUACAGUCAUGUUUUAUCCUGUAAAUUUGGGAAAUGUACUAUUUAUUCUUUAUAUUCUUACAAUAAAACGACACAGACAUGAUUAUGAAA